AUGCCUCGCUAUUCGACUAGUCUGAGAUCAUUCCUCGAAAAAAAAAACUUGAGAGGUAUCAAUGCUGAUAAAGCUAUAGAGAUUUCACGUAACACUGCAAGCGUUAUUGCGUAUAUGCAUACUUACGAUCUUGUUCAUCGUGAUAUUGAAGUUGAAAAUAUUCUUAUUGAUGAAUAUGACCUAGUUUAUUUAGCUGAUUUUGAUAUUACUGUUUUAAUGUCAUCAACAGCCUCUAAUUCGAGUAGUGAUCGUCUUCAAUCUUAUAAAGAUUCAGCAAUUGAUGUUUAUUUACUCGGUGUACUUAUGUUUGUAGGUGUGCCUAAAGAGAACUAUAUACCAGCAUCAAACUUAAACGUUGAAUAA